AUGGCCUUAAUUAAACAAAUUCGUGUACAAGCCGGUUGUGCUUCAUUUCCUCAACAGGCUCCUUCAAACUUGAAUGAAAUUCCUGAUGUUAGUCGAUGUUAUGAAAUCAGUGUCCCUAAAAAGGGGCAACUGGAAGUCGACGAACAUUAUCUUUUCAAUUAUUAA